AUGGCGACCGAGCAACCUCAAACCUUACCGGUGGAUAAAGAGGUCGCUAGUUCUGCACCAGAUGAGGAAAUCGCGAUCAAUGACUCGGAUGCGGGAGUAGUUAAUGGGCGUUCUCAAUCUGGUCAAGACGAGCCUAAGUCUGAUGACAAACCUGCUGUUAAUGGCAAUGCCGAAUCGGCAGACUCGGCAACUACCAGCGCAGAUAAGUCGCUGAAUGAAAAGGCCUUUGCUACAAACAGCAGUCUUUCCCAACAAACGCCAAUUGAAUCACACCCUGACCCUCCGUCCACCGAUGACACCGAUAUGCCCGAUGUUAAUGGCGCGUCGGCCGUGAAGGACUCAUCUUCAGCAGCAGAAGCCGAUGCAGAAGCCGUCCCUAAUUCAACAUCCGAGAAUAUUGACAAGGCGGAGGAGAGUUCUGCGACUCGAGAUUCGGUACCGAACGAAGAAGUAUCCGAGAAACCUGCAGAUUCAAUGGAUGUAGAUAUCUCAGAACAGCAUAUCGACGAAGAACCGAACACCAAACCCGCAACUAGCACAGAAGACAAGUCUUCCAAUAAUACACCGGCGCCUACGUCAUCUCAGGAUUUAAGUCAGCCAUCGGCAAGUCUUGCCAAAUUGGAUAUCAAGGGUACCCAACCUGACACUACUGCCUCUCAGCCCGACACACCUAUGAACGACCAGCCUAUGUCCGCAGUCAAAGUCUCCCGAGAGCGUGACGAAGAUGCCGACGAUGAGCGAGCGGCGAAGCGUGCCAGAACAGAAGAAGAUCCGAGUGAUCCUACGGCUGACUCGUUAAUUGUCGCAAGUGGGCCCCCUCCCGCAUCACAGCCAAAAAAGAGUGUUGAUCGAGACCAAGAUAGCCAAGCCAUCACCCCUUUCCAGAAUAGGCAGAUAAGGCAAGUCUUGGCCGGUGUCAAGAAGACCAAAAACGGCCUUAAUUUUAGACAGCCCGUAGAACGAUUGUGGCCAAUUUUAUGGGAUGACUACAAGUCCAAAAUAGAGAAUCCAGUGGAUAUUUCUCUGUUUGAGGCAAAGCUCCGCGAAGACAAGUACGCUAAUUAUGGCGCAUUGAAGGCCGAUAUCCAGCUAUUGUACGAGAAUUCUCUCACGUUCAAUGGCGAAAAUAAUCCCAUUACCCUAGCCGCAGGUGUAGUAAGAGAUCAGAUACUCGGACGCCUACCAGAUAUUUCCAAAUUGGAAGAACCUGCCAAAUUUGAGAAGGGCAAGAGUCAUGCAACCCGACAUCCAGAACCUCGUGCAGCGACCCAGCCUCGGCGACAAUCGCAAUCACAGCCGUCACGUCCAUCUGCUGCGAGUCCCAAGCCGAAAUCGACCCCUACACAGGCCGUACAAGCUGCGCAGCCAGCAUCUGCUUUGUCUUCAGCGCCAGCCUUUGCGAUUCCCCCGAAUGGCAUCCCCCAAAUUCGUCGCGAUUCUACACGAGAAGAUAGUGACAGACCCAAACGUCCGAUACAUCCUCCAAAGAACCGCGAUCUUGACUAUGGUUCAGCCAGCCGCAAGAAGCUAGAACCCGAGCAGCGUUUCUUUGAAGUCGUUUUGGACGAGAUCAAGAAGGGGAAGCAUUACUCGUUGAACCAGUGGUUUCUCACACCAGUGGACCCUGUAGCUUUGAAUAUCCCGACGUACUUUAGCAUCGUUAAGAAACCAAUGGACCUUACCACCAUGACACAGAAAAACUACGACGGCGACUACAAGACGGUGAAGGAUCUAGAGAAGGACAUGAGACUGAUCGUCCACAAUUCCGAGCUCUUCAAUGGUCAGCACCACGAUGUGACCAUGCUUGCAAGACGCUUAGAGGAGCUGUUCAAGUCCGAAAUCUCGAAACGAGAUCAGUGGAUGAAGCGUCACUAUCCUCCGGAGUUGCCGUCUGCGACAAAUGUAUCUGCACGUAGCCCGGAGAGAAGCGCUCACGACUCUGAAGACGAGAGCGAAGCAGACGGUGAGGAUGAACAAAACAGCGAAGCGGUUCGUAACCUCCAGGCUCGCUUAGAUGAGGAGCAAGACAAGUUGAACACUCUUCUUGGAUCAAAGAAGCCGGACCUUACUAUGAUUGAGAUUCAGCAGUCGAUGGUUUCGAUGCUCCAACGAAAACUGGUAGAGGAGAGAACUAAGUUCCAUAAUGAGGAAAAGAAACCGAAGCCAAAGAAGAAGAGCACCAAGAGCAAGCCAAAGUCUGCGGGUAGUGGUUUGGCUACCACAGGUCACAAAAAGGGAGCGUCUGGAAAUGUCAAUACCACCAAAAAGACGCCUAGCAAUCAUACUAGUCAUAAAAAGGCGGCCCCCAAGAGCCGGCCAGUUGGUGCGCUAGAGAAGGCAGUUAUCGCAGAGGGAAUUAAUGAGCUUGACGGUACUACCUUGACAAAGGCCGUUGACAUAAUCAAGAAGGAUACUGGUCAGAAUGAGAAUGAUGACGGUGAGAUGGAACUAGACAUAGAUGCCUUGUCCGACGAAGCCCUCCGAAGACUCUACGACCUGAUCAACAGGACCAAUUCAAACAUUCGCACUGCACUUGAGAAGAAGCCAGAAUUUAGCCGCCCAAUCGAGGUGGAACCCAAAUCGAAGCCCAGUGCGCCGCCUCCUAAAGCCAAGAAGAAUAAGCCGAUGAACAAACAUGAGCAGGAACGUAAGAUUGAGCAACUCCGUGAGCUUAAAGCUCAACUUCAGCGCCACGGUAGUGGAAGUCAAGAACCUCUCCCUGGUGAAGUUGACAGUAGACCCAUGGAGUCAAGCGAGGAGGAAAGCGACUCGGAAGAGGAAUAG